CUCGCGAUCCGAUCAAACCGUAUCGAAAUGUCGCGUCCGAUCGUCGUCGUCGUCGCACUCGCGAUCCUGGGCCUCCUGCAGGCGGCUACCGCCAUCGACUUGUCGCAAACGAAGAAUGUCCAAGUCGACUUCAGCGAGAGGGAUAUCGUGCCGAAAACGGCGCUGAAAAGUCUUGUGCCCGAGACACACGCUGCUUCAGGAUUCAUCGGAAAUCUCGAAAUUGGAAGAAGAUAUGCCGACGAAUCAGUCUUCCGCCGAGUCAUCGAGUUUAACAAUCCAACAAACACUGUUCAAUCAUCUACCCUAUCGCUAACCGUCACUAAUGGAAUUAUCCAUUACAUUAGUGUGGUGAACGACAGUGGCAGCUACGCGGUAAUAUGCGACGAACCGGGGACUCUGGGAAAAUCCAGAGCCAACAUCAAUAUUCGCGCCUCUGCCAACACGAAAUCCUACCUCACGAUCGUCGUAGCAGCGCAUUAAACAAUGCAUUUGUAUUUGUAACAGAGAAAUAAAAUAAACAUUGCAUCUUUUUCGUUUCCCGCGAGAGUUUAUUAAAUUGUGAUAAGAAAUUUCUGUACCCCUAUGUAUUCUUGUUCUGCACGAAAAUAAAAUAAAAGUCUUGAGAGGUCAGCA